AGCCGUUGGAAAUGGCGAGUCAGUCGCAGGGAAUUCAACAGCUGCUUCAGGCCGAGGAACGGGCGGCGGAGAAGGUGGCUGAGGCUCGAAAACGAAAGAAUCGCAGAUUGAAGCAAGCAAAAGAGGAAGCUCAAGCUGAGAUUGAACAGUAUCGCCUGCAGAAAGAAAAGGACUUUAAAGCUAAGGAAAAUGAUGCACUUGGUUCACAUGGUAAUUCUGCAAUUGAAGUUGACAAAGAAACCCAAGAGAAAAUUAGUGAAAUUGGAGCAAGCUAUGAAGAGAGCAAGGAAGUUGUCUUGAAUACUCUUCUUGGUUUGAUUUAUGACAUUAAACCAGAAAUUCAUGUAAACUUUCGCAUUAAUGGUUAGAACUGCAAUGUAGUUUUGCCUUAAGGAAUAAAAGCAGCUGGUGGAAUAGCAAUAUUUUGUAAUAUUACCAUGAUUAUGCAAACUUAUUUGUGCAGCAUUUAUAUUUCUCAAUAAAAUCUGCA